AUGGCUGACACUGUUAAUGUGGACCAAAAUAAGGACACGGCUUUGUAUAUGGCUGUUUCCCCCACAUUACUGUAUACACCGUGGCUAACGCUACUAAGAGCAUCAAGAAAUCCUCAUGCCCUCAUAGAAGCCAGAAUGGGGCAAAUACGACUGCAAGUACUUAGUAAACACGAAUUGGCCGAAUGCUAUAAAGAUGCAGAAUUGGCUGACUCGUGGCUUGAUGAUGCUCUGUCUUGUUAUGUAGAUAAGAUCACUGAAUGUAUUAGACAAUCUACUCCUGCCAUAUGGCUCGUUGAUGAGGAUGGCAACAUAGAAGAGGAUAUAGAGGCUUGCCAACAUCCUGAAAAGUCAAGAUUUUACCGAUAUGGACGGUUCCAUUGGCUUGAAAGCCAUCAAACGUUCAAUAAAGUGCAACAACGCUUUGAAGAUAAGUCGAGAUCUGUUGAUGAUUGGCGUAACUUGUUUACGACUCAAUUGAGUACUCCUCAUGUCCAUCUAGACGAUACCUUCAGCUUUUAUUCGUCGUUUGUUUCACAACAGUACCCCCAAGAAGAGUACGCGACACUAAUGAUAGACGGGAACAAACUAUAUAAGAAGACCAAGCACCAGAUGAGGUACUACGAAACAUUAGAAGCACAGCUAAAAGAAGAUCCUAAAGAUAUAGAAACAUGGAAAACGUACAUAGCUAGCGUGAAGAAGUAUCAACCUGAAGCUGUGGAGGUUUUGUUCUGGAGAACCUCGGAGUACUUUGAACCUGGUGAUAGUAAUUGGUUUAAGCUCUGGGUAUUCUAUUUAGAUCUCAUGAAGGAAGAGUAUUUUGGUGAUCCUAAAGAAGAGUAUAUGUUUCUUCAAUUCCAUAGAUGUUUCCCCAAUGAUCCAGUGACCUUGGGAGCAUAUUUAUUGACCGUAAAGGAUGGUCAUCUGAUACUUGAUUUGGUGUAUGUGAGACGAGCCGUAAUGGACUACUUGGUUGAAGUAAGGUCCAACUACUCAUAUGAACGAUGGAAGUUUGCAGCUAUGGUUUUUUUAGCAUUUGAAGUAUCUCGUAACAAUAGCAUCUAUUAUUAUGGGAUGAAGAUCUUGUCGUUUCUUUCAAAGAGACCAAACUAUGACGAUGACACACUUGUGAGUUUCAUCACCAAGCUUAUAGUUGGGCCAACUAAAGGUCAGUUUUGGAGUUUAUUAAAUGCUUCUGUUGAAGAUGAUUACGGUAUUGAUAUUGUGCAGCAGUAUGUUGAUAUUAACCAAGAAGAGGAUCAUGUUAUGAUGGAAUCUAGAAAGCGGCCACGAUUAGAUGAAGAUACUACUGCUGUUACAGGUUCUUCAGCUUCUACUCCAUUUUGGGUUCAAGUCUCUAAUAUACCAUCUACAUCCGACAGCCUUAGUUCCCUCAUCAACGUUGAGAUCUUUGAUUUGGAAUACCUCGACGAUAAACGAUCCGUAGCCAUAUUUAAAGUACACGGUGAACCUGCCUUUCAAAGUAUAAUGGCAUUGAACGGUACUCAGUACAACGGAAAUACUCUACUGAUUGAAGCAUAUGAACAACCAACCUUAUGGUGUUCUCAUUAUCCAGAUGAUUUACCAAAGUCAGAAUUGGAUAGCAUGUUCAAUGAAUUCGGCAAGGUAAUCAAAGCCGUCCAUCCUUAUAUGAAGAAAUAUUCUUUCUAUGUGUUUGAAGAUCCCAAGGAUGCAUCCUCAGCCAUUAACAGUUUGAAUAAAAAGGUGUUGUAUUCCAAAGACGGGAAGAAGAAAUAUACAUUGGCAGUUCAUCGUGCUUCCAAGGCCUUUAACCAAUCCAAAGAGCCACUUCGUGAUCGACAGGUGUUCAUAAAUCGAUUGAACUUUGUCACCACUAAAGAAAGUGUUACGAAUGUGUUUCUGGAGUUUGGCAAUAUCGAAAAGAUAAUAAUGCCCACUAUGGAAGCGGAAGAAAGAGAAACUGAAAGGAACAAAGGGUUUGCUAAAAUCAUCUACAGUAAUGGAAGUUCAGCCAAUAAAGCCUUGAGUAUGAACGGGGUUGAAUUGGAUGGGAGAAGAUUAGCAGUGACAUUAGAUGAUGGUAUUAGGAUGGAACAUACUACGACAGAGCAUAGUACCGAACAUAGCACUACGGAACACAGUCGUUCCGUGAUUAUAAUGCCGUUUGAAUGUUCUAAACAAGAGGCUUAUACAUUAAUAUGGAAUCUGGUAGGGCCAAUAGAGCUAUUUACAGAAUAUGGUCAACAAUCGAAGGCGUAUUUGUUCAAAUUUGGUUCACGUGAAGAUGCUGUUAAUGCCCAGGUUAAGCUCAAAGAAGCAGGCUUGGAUUCAUUAAAGGUGGUUACAGAGGAUGAAUAUAAUUCUAUGGCCAGUCACAAUAUGACCAGUCAACCCAAAAGAAGGUUGAUGGUACCAACUUCAGUAAGAAGAAGAGCAGCUAGUAAGUAG